CUCCACCACACCAUCUCUCUCUCUCUCUCUCUCCCCGCUCGCACUCUUUGCGAGUUCUCUCUCUCUCUCUCUCUCUCUCUCUCUCUCCUCCUCUUCCUCUUUUCUCUCUCUGCAUAUACAUACAAUUCUACAUAUCUAUCUCCAAACGUUUACAGUUCCUGAAUCUUGGCCUAGGGUUAGGUAUAUCCUGCCGUGGAACCAUUUUCUUGAAUAGAGGAAAGCGGCACCGUACUGAAUAACGGUGGAUCUGAUUCGAGACGUAGAUUAAAGCAAGAUGAGCGCGGAUCUAGCAGCUGCGAGCACACAUGGGAAUCUGGACGAGCAGAUUGCUCAGCUCAUGCAGUGCAAGCCUUUGUCUGAACCUGAGGUUAGGGCUUUAUGUGAGAAGGCCAAAGAGAUACUAAUGGAUGAAAGUAAUGUUCAGCCUGUAAAAAGCCCCGUGACAAUUUGUGGUGAUAUUCAUGGCCAAUUUCAUGAUCUUGCCGAACUUUUCCGCAUAGGAGGGAAGUGUCCAGAUACAAAUUAUCUAUUCAUGGGAGAUUAUGUCGAUCGUGGGUACUAUUCAGUUGAAACUGUCACUCUUUUAGUGGCUUUAAAGGUGCGGUAUCCUCAACGUAUCACAAUUCUUAGAGGAAAUCAUGAAAGUAGACAGAUCACUCAAGUUUAUGGUUUUUAUGAUGAAUGCCUACGGAAGUAUGGCAAUGCUAGUGUUUGGAAGAUAUUCACGGAUCUAUUUGACUAUUUCCCACUUACUGCGUUGGUUGAAUCGGAAAUAUUUUGUCUGCAUGGUGGAUUGUCUCCCUCUAUUGAAACACUUGAUAAUAUAAGGAACUUUGAUCGCGUUCAAGAAGUUCCCCAUGAAGGUCCGAUGUGUGAUCUGUUGUGGUCUGAUCCCGAUGAUCGUUGUGGUUGGGGUAUCUCCCCCCGGGGUGCUGGGUACACUUUCGGCCAGGAUAUAUCUGAGCAAUUCAACCACACCAACAGCUUGAAGCUAAUUGCUCGAGCCCAUCAGCUGGUUAUGGAAGGAUAUAACUGGGCCCAUGAACAAAAGGUCGUCACUAUUUUUAGUGCACCAAAUUAUUGUUAUCGCUGUGGGAAUAUGGCAUCUAUUUUGGAAGUUGAUGAUUGCAGAGAGCAUACCUUUAUCCAGUUUGAGCCAGCUCCAAGGAGAGGAGAACCUGAUGUUACUCGGAGGACACCUGACUAUUUCUUGUAGAGCUGACAGUUGUAGACUCUUUUGCCUGCAUGAAGUGUCAGUUUGAGGUUCUUACAUGUUGAUUCCUGAGAUUCGAGCUUCACAUUACUAGGCCUUUUGAAGGUGGUACGAGUGCGAAGAGGCAUGUGAAAUAGUUAAGGCCCCCUUUUCUAAGUUAUAUUCUAACCGAUUGUAGGGUUUAGAGUUCGGGAAGUUGGUCUAGGGGAUGCUUUUGUGUAUCAUGUUCUAUAAUUUUUUUGAUGUUUUUGGUUGUUUCCCCUUUUUCUUCUAAUAAUUUUUCUCUUUAUUUUCCUUUCAAUCACUGUCAUUAUGUGGAAAGGUUUGGUUGAAGUAAUGAUGAACUUACAUUCGUUACUCAAAUCGCUUUCUGAAGUAAAAUGCUGAUUUCAUUCUUGUUGAGGGAUCCUAUUGCUUAAGGCCCUCUUGUUGGUGACUGGUUAUUUCUUGUAGUGCCCAGAAAUUGGAAUUGAUGAUUAUCAGUCGGGCCCUUAAAAGUCUUUUAUCUGC